GUGGAUGGAGGUCUGCUUGGAAGAAGAGCUGCCCCCAACUACAGAGCUGGAGGAAGGCUUGAGAAAUGGUGUUUACCUUGCCAAACUCGCGAAAUUCUUUGCCCCUAACAUCGUGUCAGACAAAAAGAUCUAUGAUGUGGAGCAGGCACGCUAUAAGAGAUCUGGCCUUCAUUUUCGGCACACUGACAACACUGUGCAGUGGUUAAGAGCAAUGGAGUCCAUUGGUCUGCCUAAGAUCUUUUAUCCAGAGACUACAGACGUCUAUGACAGGAAAAACAUCCCUAGGAUGAUAUAUUGCAUUCAUGCUCUAAGUUUAUAUCUGUUCAAACUAGGAUUAGCACCACAGAUCCAGGACCUACUGGGAAAAGUAGACUUCACAGAGGAAGAAAUCAGCAACAUGCGAAAGGAGCUAGAGAAGUACGGUAUACAGAUGCCAUCUUUUAGUAAAAUUGGUGGGAUUCUGGCCAGUGAAUUAUCAGUGGACGAAGCUGCAUUGCAUGCAGCGGUAAUAGCAAUUAACGAAGCUAUUGAGAAGGGAAUAGCUGAGCAAACCAUUGUAACUCUGAGGAACCAAAAUGCAAUGUUGCUAAACGUGGAUGAGGAGCUUGCACAGGACUAUCAGAAUGAACUCUUUGAAGCUAAAAAGAGAAAAGAAUCAAACGCCAGACUUAAGGUAAACGGCACAAUCUCUGAGGAGGAGAGAGAUGUCUACGAGGAGCUGCUGACACAAGCUGAGAUUCAAGGCCAUAUCAAUCAGAUAAACAUUCACAUAGCUUUAGUCCAAGUGAAUGAGGCUAUUGACUGGCAAGAUGAAGUGGCGCUGAUGGCAGGUUUGAACCGUCCUGCUUUGAGCCUACUUGAAGUUCUGCCGCAAAAUUCCUCAUGGUACCUAUUGCAAUUGUGUGAUUCUAAAGAACAGAAAAUGCAGAUAGCAGGGGUUCCAAAUACGCUCGACAAAAGUGAAAUACAGAAAGAAAUUAGUGUUGCCAAUGUGGAAGCUGAGGCUCACAAGCUUAAACUUACAGCAGUUGACAAUAUCAAUACUGCAAUUCGUAACUGUGAUCCUAGUAAAACACUGGUUGCACUGAUGAAACCGGAGGCACAGCUGCCUGUUGUUCACUCAUUUGCUGCUGCUGUCUAUCAGACUGAGCUGUUCAACCUCCAACAACAGAAUGCUGUGAACUACCUGUCACAUGAUGAACUAUUUAUUGCAGUAGAAAUGUUGUCAGCUGUUGUGUUGCUAAACCAGGCGUUGGAGAAUAAAGACAUCCUAAUGGUAAAGAAUCAUCUCAGAAACGCAUGCAUUGGCUUCAAUAAUCUGGAAGAGGAAAACUUUCAACGUUAUGCUGAUACACUAUUGUCUAUUAAGUCAGAGGCUUCAUCUCAAGGCCAAGAUUAUUUAAGCUGGAAUGAUAUCCAGAACUGCAUUGACAUGGUUAAUAUGCAAAUUCAAGAAGAAAAUGAAAGAAUCAUUGCAAUUGGCCACAUCAAUGAAGCAAUUGACCAAGGAAAUCCUGAGAGAACUCUAGAAACGCUACUGUUGCCCACAGCCAAGCUGCAAGAUGUGACACCAGUAAAUGCAAGGCAUUAUCAGGAUGUUCUGCACCAUGCCAAGGCACAGAAAUGCAAGGUUAGAACUUUGACUGUUGCUGUUUGUCAGAACUGA